UUAUUGUAGGUGACGUGAUUAUAAUGUGAUCUCAGGCAGUGGCCGGUGGCCACAUAUAAAUUGAAUCCGACCCCCACCACUGUUAGUUUACCUUUAGUGAGCACGGAGCAGACCUGUUUUGUAAUAUGAAGUCGAUAACUGUAUUUUUAUUUGUGGCCCUGAUAGUGGCGGUAUCAUGCCGUUCCGACAAACCAGACUUGAAGCAACUGAAGGCAGAGGCGGCCCGCAAGAAGGCUUGUAUGCACGACUGCUCGAGCGUCAAAUUCGAGCCCAUUUGCGCGGGAAAGCAGGGAGAUAAGCCCAAGUCCUUUGGCAGCGAAUGUGUCAUGAACAACUAUAACUGCGAGAAUAAAGAUACUCUGCAGAAGAUCAGCAAGGGCGAAUGCGCAGGAUCCGAUGGUAUUCGUCUCUCUUAACUUCAUUUACAAUGAGUCUGCACUGCAAUUACUCGUUUCGAAUACUCACAUUUUUCAUAGCAAAUAGUAAUUUUGAGUUUGACUUCACAUAAGUUUAUUUAUCUUCUUUGUCACU